GGAAGUAGUUGGAGGGGAGGGAAAGGACGUGGAGGCAGCGGCUCGAGCCGUAUCUUCCUCUACCGCAGGUCACGUGGAGGUGGCGCGGUAGUCUCUGCUUCCAACCCCCCACCCCCCUCGGCGGAGCCCGGCGCGGCUGCAGCAUGGCGGACACGGCCUCUCAGAUGCUGCUGGGCUCCGGCCUCACGGUGCUCUCGCAGCCGCUCAUGUACGUGAAGGUGCUCGUGCAGGUGGGAUAUGAACCCCUCCCUCCAACUCUGGGAAGAAAUAUCUUUGGGCGACAGGUCUAUCAGCUGCCUGGUCUCUUUGCUUAUGCUAAACACAUUGUGAAGAUUGAUGGAAGGGCUGGACUCUUCAAAGGUUUGACUCCUAGACUCUGCUCAGGAGCUAUCGGCACUAUAGUGCACAGUAAGGUUUUACAGCACUGCCAGGAAGCUGAUCAAGUUGAGGACCCAGGGAUCAGCCCCAAGGAACCUGCAUCCUCCUUGGAGCAAGUUGUUAAGGAGACUUCUCAAGAGAUGAUUGCACGUUCUGCUGCUACGCUAGUCACCCACCCUUUUCAUGUGAUCACGUUGAGGUGUAUGGUGCAGUUCAUUGGCAGAGAGACCAAGUACAGUGGGGUGUUGAGCUCCUUUGUCACCAUUUACCGGGAAGAGGGCAUCUUGGGAUUUUUUGCGGGCCUUAUUCCCCGCCUGCUUGGGGACAUCCUGUCCUUGUGGCUCUGUAACAUGCUGGCCUACCUCAUCAAUACCUAUGCACUGGAGAAUGGGGUCUCCACCAUGACUGAGAUGAAAAGCUAUUCUCAGGCUGUCACUGGAUUCUUUGCCAGUAUGCUGACUUACCCCUUUGUACUCGUCUCAAACCUGAUGGCCAUUAAUAGUUGUGGGCUCGCUGGUGGCCUCCCUCCUUAUGCCCCAGCCUACUCAUCCUGGUUACACUGCUGGAGCCAGCUACAGGGGGAGGGCAACAUGAGCAGAGGGAACAGCCUGUUUUUCCGGAAGGUGCCUGCAGGGAAGCGGUAUGUGUGGGAAGAGAAGAGAUUUCACUGAGCCCUGCGCCUCUUGCGGCCGCUCCAGAUGCACAGAAUGAUGGCAGUGUGUUGAUUUCUAUACAGUUUUUUUAAAAAAGAAAAAUAAUCAAAUUAAUCUUGGGCAAUGGA